GGUAAAAUGCACCAAGCGAGCACUUGCACCGGUUAGUACAGUGACGCAAGCCGAACCGGACGGGUUGCGCGAACUCGAAUUUGUAAACGAUGGCCGACGGUUUGUUGCAACGAUUCAGCACGAUCGGUAGUGUGAUCACGAGUACCAGCACGAGUAUGCCACCGAUCGAUACGUCUAGUAUCACCCAGCGCAUUCAUCACGAAACACCGCCAUUGCUGGCCGGUGGAAAGUAUCCCGUGUACGGACCCGGAACUGGACCAGAGCUGUACGAUGACGAGACGGGUGAAUACUGGCAUGGUUCGGAGAGCAAUGGAGGAGGUGGAUUUUUCCCCAGCUUUCUGCCCUGGGGCCAAGCACCACAAGGAGCACAUCCGGUUCCGCCACCACCACCUCCACCACCGCCACCACCUCCUCCACCGGCCUAUCCACUGUAUCGUGGACCGUACGGAGGCCCAUUUGACAAGGGUCUACGUUUUAAGGGUGCCUCAGUGGCGGUGUUGACUCUGUUGGCUUUUCUGUUCUUUUUGAGCAUUCUGCAGAACUACAUACGCGACUAUUCGACCACAUCGCAACCGACCGUAAUAUUGCUGUCCGCUGGUGCAACGAAGGAAAACUUACCGAUCUACCCGUACCGCAUCCGGCAGAAGGUUGGCCAGCGUGGUGAUGAACCACCGUCCCGUUUCGACGAUGAGGACGAUGCGGAUGCUAUCGAUGAGACGUCGGACCAGGGUGAAGGGACGCCGACCACGGGAGGAUAUCGGGCACGGAUCAAGAAGGGACCGACGGCACAUCAUCAUCGGACCAAUCAUAAAGGCAGCAAAACGGUGUCCUCCGGGAGUGUAUCGGUCGUACCGUCCAGUGCACCGUUUGGGGAUAUUUUCAAGGUAAACGGAUUGUGAAUUCAACAGCCGUGAACCGUUUGCGUAGUGGCUUUUAGGUGGAUUUCAAAGCUGACAGACGAUCCAACGGGGCAAUCCGUAGCUUGCGUAGUGAUUUUGUUUAUUUAUUAUCUCGUUCUGAUACAAUAAAGGUAGCUUUUUAGUCUUGGAAGUGUUUGAAUUGGUGUCAUCUUUGCAUGAGAAAACGCACAGACACAAAAAUGAACUCCGAUCGGUGACUUUCGUAUGUGUUUUAUGGAGGUGGUUUCUGCAAAAACUAGUGUUUUUCGUGUGCAAGUCGGUUCUGUGGUACGAUUAUUUGAAUUGUUCAACAACCAGAUAAACAAAUGGUUGUGUUCUUUGCAUCGUUUGCUUAUGAAGCCCUAGUUAAAAUUAAACCAGAGAAAAAUGAAUCGGAAUUUGCUCUAUGUCAGAUAUUCUAUUGUUUGUCGUAUUAUCAAGUUAUUGCAAACAACUAAAACAAAAAGUUGAUGAGUUUCUACUAAAAAUCAAAUUAAAUAUUUCAUUAAAACCAUAAACUUUGAAAUAUUUCUUGGUUACGCUAACAACUGUAACGAAAUGAGAAAUUUAUUGAACUUUUAGAGAAAAAAGGCUUUAUUUGA